AUGGUUGAGCUGCAUAACAUCCAGACACCCUACCCAUUUCAUACUUGGGCAUUUGAUUUGGUAGGUCCUAUAGCGCAGCAAUCCAAAGGCCGCAGAUGGAUACUUACCGUGAUUGAAGUUGGCACCAAGUGGGUAGAGGCCAUACAAAUGAGGAAAGCGGACGGAGCAGGAGUAACCAACUUCAUCAGAGAAAACAUCAUCUGUAGGUUUGGCAUACCCAAGGUGAUGUUGUCUGACAAUAGAACUCCCUUCGUAAAUUGCCAUGUGGAAAGGUUGUUGGACGACUCUCAAAUCAAGCACCAUAAGUAUACUACAUACUAUCCUCAUGGGAAUAGACAAGCUGAGGCAACCAACAAAACCCUAAUCCGAAUAUUGAGUAAAAUGAUGGAUGAAGCAAGGGGCACAUGGUCUGAACAACUCCCCAUAGCACUUUGGGCAUACAGAACGUCAAGGAGGAAGCCGAUCCAGGCAACUCCAUUUCCCCUAGUGUACGAGUAUGAAGCUGUGUUACUAGUUAAGUGGCAGUACCCUCAGCAAGAAUGGCUAUGUCGAUACACUUAG